AUGACCGGUCUUUUAAAAUUGACAACUGUUCUCUUUCUUAUCUUUUCUCUGGCAACAGCUCAGGUCAUUAAAGAAUUCAACACGCCAAGUGGGCCAAUUUCUCGAGGUGCCAAAGUAAUGCUUUCAUGGUCAUCUGUUGAGGGAGCUGAUGCAUCCACCGUGACCGGAUUAUUAAUCGCUAAAGAUGCCGAUACUCAAAACACUCUAACAAUUAAUGAGGCAGUGCCGCUUGCACCUGGAUCCUAUAAUUGGAUCGUUGAUGUUCCUCCUUCAACUUAUAACCUUGGACUUAAUGAUGGUUCUGGUUUCAAAUUUACUGCUCCAGUAGAAAUUAUUGAAGGUAAAGUUCCUCCAAAUGAUGCCAAAACUUCAGAAAAAGGUAAAACUGUGACAACUGAUGCUCCAGCUAGUAACCCAUCAAGUACAUCGCCAUCAUCAACACCUAACGAUUCAGCACCUUCAAUUUUAUCCGGAACCAAUGUCGUAUUUAGUCUUUUGGCCGUUGCCAUUGCUAUGUUACAAUUCUAG